AUGGCGACAACUCAUAAACCUCCGAAGCUGAAGAACCGACCCAGAUCCUCUAUCCCGAAUCUGCUGAUCUGGGUAGCUGCCAUUGGCUUUCUUUUCCUCCUCUCUUCCCUGAUUUCCACCAAUGGGUUCUCCGCCCGCUCCAUGAAGCUCAUCAAGGGGCUUCUGAGGCCCAGUCGACCCAAGCGGAUGCAUACUCUGCAUGACAAGUAUUUGUACUGGGGGAAUAGAAUUGACUGUCCUGGAAAGCAUUGCGAAUCUUGCGAAGGUUUGGGUCACCAGGAGUCCAGCCUCAGGUGUGCUCUCGAGGAAGCCUUGUUUCUCAAUAGAACUUUUGUCAUGCCGUCUAGAAUGUGCAUCAAUCCCAUACACAAUAACAAGGGAAUCCUUCAUCAUUCCGACAAUUCGAGCUCUGAAGAAAGGUGGACGUCAAACUCUUGCAGUAUGGAGUCUUUGUACGAUAUAGACCUCAUGUCUGAAACUGUACCUGUUAUCUUAGACAAUUCCAUAGAGUGGUUUCAUGUUGUCUCAACUGCGAUGAAGUUGGAAUCAAGAGGAAUUGCCCAUGUAGAAGAAGUUAGUCGGUUGGAACUCAAAGAGGACAGCCGCUAUACCAAUCUAUUGGUCAUAAAUCGAACUGCAAGUCCCCUUUCCUGGUUCAUGGAAUGCAAGGACAGAAACAACCGAAGUGCAAUACUGCUUCCAUACUCAUUUCUUCCUUCAAUGGCAGCAGAGAGAUUGCGAGAUGUUGCAGACGAGAUCAUAGCCCAACUUGGUGAUUAUGAUGCUAUUCAUGUUCGGCGUGGGGAUAAAAUUAAAACAAGGAAGGAUAGGUAUGGAGUUGCUCGAACACUGCAUCCUCAUCUGGACAGGGACACACGCCCUGAAUUUAUUCUUCGGAGAAUUGAGAAGUGGGUCCCACCUGGAAGAACUCUUUUCAUUGCUUCAAAUGAGAGGACCCCGAAUUUCUUUUCACCUCUUGCUCUCAAAUACAAACUAGCAUACUCAUCUAACUACAGCGAGAUCCUGGACCCUCUGAUUGAGAACAACUAUGAACUUUUCAUGAUCGAACGUCUGAUAAUGAUGGGUGCAAAAACAUUCAUCAGAACAUACAAAGAAGCUGAUACGGAUCUCAGCCUCACCGACGACCCAAAGAAGAACACCAAGAUAUGGAAACUGCCUGUGUAUACUGCUGACGAAGAAAACCAAGAGCAAUAA